AAAAGCUCCAAGCCCUGAUUCGAUUUUGCUUUCGCUUUCACUUUCACUUUCGUUUCUCUCAGGAGAUACAAUGACAAAGUGGUCUAUCGAAGCCAUUCGGGCAGAAAUGGGAGAGAGGGAUGAUAAGAUUUUGCAUGAGAGAGAGAUACCCAUGAAGAGGAGGAAGGCUUUGAGGAACUUCUCUCUGGCUGAAUUGGCUCUGAGGAGGCUAGAGGUUAAAAGAAUAUUAGCAUUAUAUGCUAUCCAGGCUGCAGAGAGGAAGUCUGCUCAAGAGAUAGAGAGUAAAAUGAGAUGCAUGAACAUACUCAUGGAUCCUCCUGUUACAGGUGCUGGGCAAUCUUCAGGAGAAUCUGAGCGCAGCAGCACAACAACAGAAGAAACACAUGGAAACCAUACAUGGUCCAAAUGAAUAAUCUUAAAAAAAUGAGAACAAUCGCAAUUCUCAUGCUUUUCCAUGUUUAUAUAUGUUCGAGACAAAAUUGCAGCCACCUUUUUCGGAUAAUUUGUCAAUGAACUUGCUCUUAGUUAACUCUUGUGUUUCUU